AUGGCUCCAUCUCUCGUGCGCCCUCAGGGCCACCUGUCCCCGGCCGAGGCCUUGGAGCUCGCCCAGCAAGCGCCGACGAUUCUGCGAAACAACCCCAAGGCGUUUUCAUCAUCGCCCUUAGUGUCACUCUUCUCCGCAUCAGAGACACCAGAGACGUGGAUUAUAUACGAAAACCUGCUGUUGGCCUGUCUUCGAACUGGAGAUAGUCAAGCAGCGCACCAAUGCCUGGAGAGGCUGGUCAUCCGCUUUGGGGAUGACAACGAGCGCAUCAUGGCGUUCAAGGGGCUGGUGAAGGAGGCGGAAGCUGAUAAUGAUGGAGAGCUGGUGCAGGUGCUCAAGGAGUACGAGACCAUUCUGGGACAGAAUGCCACGAAUAUUCCUGUCGCGAAACGGCGCAUCGCGCUUCUCAAGUCAACCGGCAAGAUAUCGGACGCAAUCACGGCUCUCAACUCGCUCGUCGACUUCUCCCCUACCGAUGCGGAAGCUUGGGCGGAGCUUGCAGACCUGUACCUGUCCCAAGGCUUGUACUCGCAGUCCAUCUUCGCGCUCGAGGAAGUUCUGGUAUUGACGCCGAACGCAUGGAAUAUCCAUGCUCGCAUGGGUGAAGUGCUGUAUAUGGCCGCUUCAGCCUCAGACAGUACUUCGCAGCAACAACUAGCCGAAUCUGUCAAGAGAUUCGCUCGCAGCAUUGAGCUUUGUGACGACUAUCUCCGUGGUUAUUAUGGCUUGAAGCUAGUCACGAACAAACUCCUCAACGAGCCCUCAAAGCCCUCCAGGCAAACGGGUUCUGACGACUGGGCUCUUCCCAAAACCAGCACGUUACAGAAGCUCAACGAGGUGGCCACGCAGAAGCUGGCCGAGAUUGUGCGUCGCAAUGGUGCGCAGGACAAGCUUUGGCAGGGCUACGACGAAUCGGAAGUGGCUGCGGCGCGAGACUUGCUCUCCAAGGAGUCAGUGGACCUUAACGAGAGCUACUCUGACGACUACGACGACGGAGAAGACCUCGGCCCAGAAGAUUCCGCUUCCGUGAGCCCCCACAGGUCCUACCGCCCGCAAGCACCUCGAGCCGCGUCUCGUUAUCACCAACUGCCUCACCGUCCCGCUCAACCCGCCUACCCUCCCGCAUUUCGGCCCGGUUCAGUGCCGAAUCCCCCAGAAAGCGUGGAUCCCGACGAAUACCAGCCGUCAUACGGCCACCGCGGCGGCUAUGGCGGUCAUGCACCUCCGAACCCUCAUGCCGGCCAGCAGGUCCAGGGCCCUGGAGGCCACAACCCCUACUUCGGCGGCCGCGGUCACGCACCAAAUGCCUAUCCUCAAAGUCACGUAGGUGGCUAUCCUAUGGGCGGCAGCCCAUAUGGGCCUCCCCCAAACCAGCACUCAAUGGUUCCUUACGGCUACCAGCCCCAGCCCCCUGGCCAUAACCCUUUUUCGCCAAUGUCCAACGGAGGCGGCCAGAGCUACUUCGGAGAUGGUCGUGGCAACCAGUACGAUGCCAUGAUGCCCUACCAGCAGCCACAGGCCCCGGCCUACUACGGCCCGGGAGGUUACCAGAUGCCGCAGCACAUGGCCCAGUUCCUCUAUUCUCAACCCGCACCGCCGCCCCCGCCCACGGAGGUGGCUCCGCCCAAGACCCCUGCGCCAGCCGCACCGCCCUCCCCGCCAAAGCCAGACCCAGAGAAGAUCAAGUUGCAGGAGCAGCUGGAGGCUUUCAAGGCGGAACAAGCCCGGAAGGAGGAGGCCGAAAGGCGACGCGAGCUUGAAGAGAAGAUCCGCAAGGAUACAGAAGACGCCAUCGCGCGACGAAUGGAGGAAAUGAGAAAGGCCCAAGAGGAGGCGAAGAGGGAGAUCGAAAGGGCCAAGAAGGAGGCCGAGCAGGCUGCACGUGAAGCUAUCGAGCUGGAACGUAAAGCCGAGGAGGAGAGAGAAAAGAGGCACAAAGAAGCCAUGGCUCGGGCAGAGCGUGAGGCAAGAGAAAAAUACGAGGCCGAGAUGAGGGCUCAGGCCGCAGCAAAGGCUGCCGAAGCAAAGGCUAGGGCCGAAGCGGAGGCGGCUGCUCAGCUGAAGCUGGAGUUGGCCAUCAAGGCCCAGGAAGAUGCCAGAAUCGCUGCCGAGAAGAAGGCUGCUGAAGACGCCGCCGCGAAAGCCAAGUACGAGGCAGACAUGAAGGCGCAGGCCGAGAAGGAGGCUCGCGACAAGAUUGCUGCUGAGAAGAAGGCGGCGGAGGAAGCUGCUGCUGCCAAGGCCAAAUAUGAGGCCGAGAUGAAAGAGAAGGCCGAAAAGGAAGCCCGCGACAAGAUCGAAGCCGAGAAGAAGGCUGCGGCAGACGCUGCUGCGGCCAAGACGAAGUACGAGACGGAAAUGAAAGAGAAGGCCGAGAAAGAGGCUCGCGAUAAGCUGGAAGCUGAGGCCAAGGCGAAGGCCGAGGCCGAAGCUGCUGCCGCUGCGGCUAAGAAGGCUGAAGAUGAGCUCAAGAAGAAAGCUGCCGAAGACGCCAAGGCCAAGUAUGAAGCGGAGACCAAGAAGGUCAAAGACAAGCUGCCGAUCAAAUUCAAGGACGCUGUGGGGCGUAAAUUCAGCUUCCCUUUCCACAUUUGUGCUACAUGGGGGGGCAUGGAAGAGCUGAUCAAGCAAGCCUUUCUCCAUGUGGAUGUCAUUGGGCCGCACGUCCAAGAGGGACACUACGAUCUUAUCGGUCCUAACGGCGAGAUCAUCCUCCCGCAGAUCUGGGAGAAGGUUGUCGAGCCUGACUGGACUAUUGAGAUGAAGAUGUGGCCCAUGGAAAACAAACCACCACCCCCCGCAGCCCCUGGCAUGUUCCCCCCGGGUAUGAGGCCUCAUGGUCCAAUACCACCUGGGCAGGCCCGCCAAGGAAGGCCGCCGUCCAUGGGUAUACCGCCGAAUGUUAGGCCUGGCGGCCCCAUGCCACCACCUCCAGGCCCCCCCGGCUGGCCGGGUCGUGGUGGUGGACCGCCGCCUCCGCGAGUGCGUCCCGAUGGUCUCCCUCAUGGUGUCAAUAUCGUGAAUGCUGCACCACCCGAAAAGAAGCCAAAGCCUAGGGGUUCUAUGCUUAGCUGGAUGGCUGGCGGGAAACCCCCGCCGAAGAAGAAGUGA